GUGAGCGGAGGCGGCCGGCGGCGGCGGCCCGCUCGCUCGCCUGCCUUCCCGGCUGACACGCCGCCGCCGAGUAUGCGUCGCGUCGCGUCCAGUUUUGUCGUUUCAAGUUUGCUUGUACGCCGUUGCGUCGGUGACAGCAUUUCCACUGCCGUCUCCUGUCAUCCGUAAAUGGCCUGCUCGUCAUGCCCUCCGGGUAUGACUAGUCCCACCGCCUCCGUGUCCAAAGUUGUUGUUUUCGCCGUGCGCUGUUUUGUUUACUGUGUUUGUGUUUACUGUUGGUGUACACAACGCCUGUCGGCUGUCACGGCCCUUCAAGGCUUUAGCUAUGGGGCCAUAGUUUUGAAUUUCGCAGUCCUUUCGAUACCCGCAAAGCCCCGGCCUGUCCUAACCUGCACUAGUGAUUACUCCGCUACGGACCCUCCCCCCUUUCCACUCAUCAACUUGUGGUUCGUGUACCAUGCGUCGGCCGCUCAGCUGAAGGGAUCGUCACCGGUAAUUUUGUGUUUCACGUUGUAGUGAAAACUGUGCAAGUUGUGAAGUUGUGUGUGUUUGUGUGACCCGGCUUCGGUUUGACGACGACGACGCUAUUCUUGUUGGUGAGUGGUGGCGCCGUCAUAUCGCAGAAGGAGUCCUGGACCAAGGAGAGACCGGCAAAAGCGGACAUGUGAUGCGAAGAGGUGGUGGCCGGCCCCCCGGGUGGGGGCGAUGUCUGGGCCCGAGGACUGUGACUGCCCGGGCCCGCCGCUACCUCCGCCACCGCUCUUCGACCUCCCCCCUCCUCCCCGCCCCCCUUUCUUGCAGGCCGAGCCCUGCUCAGACCAGCCCCUUAAGGACAUCGAAACGUGCGACGCCCUGCCUGUGAGUAACCGGCGGGGGGAUGCAGCAAUCGGUACCGUGGUCGACGCUGAGUACCACAGCUCGCCGGUGCUGCCGUCGGUGGCGGUCAUAGCCCUCUGCUCCGUGCUGCUCCUCGCCAUGGUGUGCCUCGCCACGGCCCUUGUGUGGAAACACAAGCGGAAGAUGCAGAGCUUCCUGCCGUGCAAGACGUCGCCGGCGCCGCGCUGCGAGGCCAACGGCAACACGGUCAUCUACGAGGACCUCACCAACAUGCGGCCCCGCCUGGGGCUCGGCUCGCUAGGGCCCGCCCUGGGGCCACGGCCCAACACCCGCCCCCUGCCCCUACCCCGCCAGGGUGCACCCAUGGAGAUGCUGUCGGUGGACGGGUCGUACCCGCUGGGCAGGCUGCCCGUCGGGCUGCCCGGCCAGCCCGUGUUCCUGAUGGGCAACGGCCGCCACCAGGGCCUGGGGCCCGAGCACGCCGUCGGCCAGGAGGUGGACCUGGACCUGUACAACCCCGUGUACGAGGAGCUGUCGGGGUCGCGGGCCGGCUCCGAGGACGAGGACCUGGACGAGUCUGACUGCGGCGGUGGCCGCGGCCCGGGCCGGGGCCGACGGCGCUCCCUGUCGCGGCCCGCCAGCGAGGACGAGUUCGCCGAGGACGAGCUGAGCGUGGGCGAGGCGGACCGCGCGGGCGCGCCCGACACCCGCCUGGGCGGCUCGCACGGCGCGGCCGCGGCCACGCCCAACGGCGGCGGCGACCUGGCCAGGGACGUGGACUCGUCGGACGCGGACGACCGGAGAGGCAGGUUCCUCACGCAGCGGGUGCCGCGGAGCCACAGCUCCACGUCGGACCCGAGGCGCGGCCGGUCGCUGGACAGGCGGCGUGGCCGGCGCCACCUGCAGCAGCAGCAGCAACAGCUGCAGGCGCUGCAGCAGCAGCUCAAGCAGCAGCAGCAGGUGCAGGCCGGGCGGACGACGGCGGUGGCCGCGGACGGCUCCGACUUCCACGAGGGCCUGCUGCUCGACGCGCUCCUGCAGAUGUACCCCACCCAGGGCGCGGCGGCAGCACACGCCGGGACGCACGGCGCGCGCCAGCAGGGCCGGCCGCCCGCGCGGGGGCCCGGCAGGGGUUCCAGGGGGCCCCAGCGGGGGCAGCAGCAGCAGCAGCCACCCGUACCGGCAGUCGCUCACAGACUGCCUUACCUGCUGCCGCCGCCCGCUCAGCUCGCCCACCAGUCCAACCAGCAGGCGCACCUGUACGAGAGUCCCGGCCUAGUGAACCCGUACGAGUCCGUGCCCGUGCUGGGCCAGCUGCAGCAGCUGCAGCAGAUGCAGCAGAUGCAGCAGCACCUGUCCACGUUCCGGCCCAGCGCCAGCCACGACUCGGACUCGGGCUACAGCAACAACACUUCGGGCGGCCGCGGCUCCGGCUCCGGGCACAGCUCCGGUCGCAGCCGCGCCGACCCGCACUCGCGCCUGUCCGCGCUCUCGGACGACAUGGUGCUGUCCUAGUCACUCUGACCCGACCCGACCCAACGGCGACCUCGCCCCGAUUGAUGGAUGAUGAUGAUGAUUCCUCGGAUCUACUCGAAGGCCAAAUCAUGUCAAUACUUAAGCACGCACCAAGUCCUGUCUUGUGUAAUUUUUUCUGUUCUGGAUAAUUUUAAUUCUGAUAAACAUUGAUAACAUUGCUGACAAUGUGCUACAAUUAAAUCAACCAGGAAAUUUGAAAAUCAAAUUUGGUGCUCAACUUUCCUCGUUAAUUUAGUUAUCUUGUCACAAGUAAAUUUUUUGUUUCUAUUUUACUUCCUAUAAGUGGUUUAACCAAAUGGGUAAACACAUUCCACAUUCCUAUAGAUCAUGAUAAGCAUUACAACCAACUUGGUCGCAACUUGAUAGCCAGACUGAUGGCUGAUAGCUUUAUUGCGGCAUGUUUAGGAAUUGGCUCAGCACCAACCAGGCGAUACAAAUUGACUUAAGUUUUGCUGUGUUUUGGCAUUUCAUAUUGAGGAAGUGUGAUGAACUCGAGACCAAAGAAAGAUGUUUGUGAGGCAGGUGUGAUUGGUGUUGUAUAGUAACGUCUUGCAAUGAUUUUUGUAUAUUUUUGUGCAACUUGGAAGUUGGCGCUGCGAAGUCUGUGAUCUCUUUUACCUUUUCUUGGGGUGGGGCACCACUGCUCACUGCUUGAGGAGUGACAUAUUUCCGUCAUACACGUGGUAAUUUCUUUGCAAAUCCUAUUUUCUUCCUGUUUUCAUUUCACUCUUAAAUGAGGGUACUUUUGUGCUCAGUUUCUAGUUUUAGUGAUAGAGCGCAUAUCACAUGGUAUGCAAAACUUUGUUGUUACCACUUCCCAAACUUAAAUUUUGCGAAUUUUUUUAUUUUAUCGUUAUUUAUGUUCAAUUGUUUUCAAGAUUUAUCGAAAUAUCUCAACGAUGUUUGAGAAUGAUACAAUAUCAGUACAACAUAGAAAUCUUCAUUUCUAAAGAAACUUGAAAGAUCAAUACUUUGGAGUGGGACAAAAUAGAUUCCUUGAUUUGUUUCUCAAUUCGUACUUUUUCCAUGUCUGACAAUGUUCAUGCUUUGGUUACCAUACUUGACUGACUUAUUUAUUACUCAAAUAACUUCAAUAUUAAUUGAUCUUUGAUGGUUUUCAUGACAGUAUUGUGUGCAGUAUUUAUUUUGUGAAAUGUGAGCUACUAUGGCAUGAAUGGUUUGUUUCCCACUCGAUAAUUUCCUUCAAUUACCUUUAUUUUGUCAAUUUUUUACUCUGUGUCUGUUAGUAAUGUGUCCUAUCACACUCAGUGAAAUAUUGAGUGUUUGUUAAAUGUACAUACUUUGCGAAACGUUUGUAAUGGAUUAUUGUACAUAAAACCAUACAGAUAUUUUAUUUGUAAAGUCUCGUAUUCUAACAAUACUUUCAAAAGUAUCCGAGCUAGUCCUUAAUUGAUUUAUCUUAAGCACUUGCUAAGAAUUGGUUUAAGUUAAACAUUUGAUAAAAUAUUCCUUCACCUAAAUAAAAAUUUCAUAUAAACAAAAUAUCAGUGA